GCUGUGGCUGCUGCUCUCCACUCUCACACUCCUGCCACUCUUCUUGCCCUUUACAGGAAGAAGAGAGAGAGAGAGAGGGGGACAGGAGGAAGUGGGAGUUAGGACGAGUGGCAAAACCAAGCUCGUGCUCCGAAAACCCUAGCCUUGAGCUCGCUCCCGUUGCAUCUUUACCGUCUCGUAUUUGGAGGUCUGUGGAAAGAAGAGAAAGGGCCAUUGUAGCACGAGAGGAGAUGGAUGUAAUGUUAAAAUUGGUGAAAUUUAUGAGCUAGUCUAAUUCGCGCGAGUCUACAGGAAGCUUCAUCUUGAGAUGCCUGCUGUCCAGUCCACGGUGUGGAUACGCCACAGUUUGAUUGGUUUUUCAGAAGCUUCUGCGCUCAGGGUAGCACAUUAUUGGAUCAAAGCUUGGUAAUGGUAAAGAUUUACCGGAGAUGGAAAGGGGUUCUGAGUCGAAGAUGCCGUCCAGGCAGCUCCCUGGUCCUGAUCGGCCAUUGUGUACCCAUGGGAACAGUUUGAUAGGUGAAGAAGGUCCAUCUAGUGCUCAAAAGUCUGAAAAUUUAGAUCCACCUAUACCCAUGAAGGCAUCGAAAGGGAAGGGUUUUCUGACCGAAGAGAAGGAACUAGCACCUGAGGCUGAUAGCUUCAGGAGUGUCGACUCUUGUGAAGAAGGAGGGCGAGGUUCUUUCUCCGGGGCAAGUCAUCCCCCAGAGCCAAUUGAUACAGACCUCAUGAGGACGGUAUAUGUAGCUAUAGACCAGGGUAAGUCUGAAACAGGGUGCUUGGUAAAAGGCUUAACUGUCAAAGGUCCCUUUAUAGAAGAUCUUUCGAUCCGAGUUUCAGGGACAAAACCAAAUGCGGCGGUUGUCUCACCGGUUGAAAGUUUGGCUGAAGAGGCCACUGAGUCGGGCACGGGAUCUUCUCCAUUUUCUGUUCCACGUGCAUCGCAGUCCACGGAGAAUGCAUUCUUGCCUCCAGACUCCGAAGAGAAGGAGUGUGUGUGGGAUGCUUCCCUCCCUCCCAGUGGCAAUGUGAGUCCUCACAGCAGCAUCGACAGCACAGGUGUGAUGACCACUAUGAGUGUUGUGAACAGCUGCACGAGCACUUAUAGAAGCGAAGGGAUUACUAGUGAUGGAAUGCUUAGUGUGGAAAGGCACUGUGAAAGUGGCAAAGGAAGCGUUAGAGGAGACUCACUCGAGAGUGCGAAAACUAGUAUGAGUAGAGCGAGUGAUAGCAGUGGUGUAAGUGAUGAUAGCAACUGGAGUAAUGUCACAGGAAGUGCUAGUAAGCCUCACAAGGGUAAUGACCCAAGAUGGAAGGCUAUUAUUGCUGUUCGGGCUCGGGAUGGUAUACUGGGGAUGAGCCAUUUUAGACUGCUCAAACGGCUUGGAUGUGGCGACAUUGGUAGCGUUUAUCUGUCUGAGUUGAGCGGGACCAGAUGCUACUUUGCAAUGAAAGUGAUGGACAAGGCAUCCUUGGCAAGCAGGAAGAAGUUGACGAGGGCUCAGACGGAAAGGGAAAUCCUCCAACUUCUAGAUCACCCAUUCCUGCCGACUUUGUAUACACAUUUUGAGACCGACAGGUUCUCAUGCUUGGUCAUGGAGUUCUGUCCAGGCGGUGAUUUGCACACAUUGAGGCAGCGGCAGCCAGGAAAGCACUUCUCUGAGUAUGCAGCAAGAUUUUACGCUGCAGAAGUACUACUGGCUUUAGAGUAUCUACACAUGCUGGGAGUCGUCUACAGAGAUCUGAAGCCAGAAAAUGUUCUUGUCCGUGAUGAUGGUCACAUAAUGCUCUCGGAUUUUGAUCUUUCUCUUAGAUGCGCGGUCUCGCCUACGCUGAUAAAAACCUCAUCGCUUGACUCCGAUUCUUCCAGGCGGGCUGGUGGUGCAUUCUGCAUCCAACCUGCCUGCAUCGAGCCUUCAUCAGUCUGCAUUCAGCCUGCAUGCUUCAUGCCCAAACUCUUUCCUCAGAAAAGCAAGAAAAAGACAAGGAAGCCAAGGGCUGAGACAGGGCAGCAGGUCACCACCUUGCCCGAGCUUGUGGCAGAGCCCACAACCGCCCGAUCAAUGUCCUUUGUUGGGACCCAUGAGUACCUAGCCCCUGAGAUCAUCAAAGGGGAAGGCCAUGGAAGUGCAGUUGAUUGGUGGACCUUUGGCAUCUUCCUGCAUGAGCUCUUGUAUGGCAAGACACCUUUCAAAGGCUCGGGCAACAGGGCAACAUUGUUUAAUGUAGUCGGCCAGCAACUUAGAUUCCCUGAAGCUCCAUCAACCAGUUAUGCGAGUAGGGAUUUGAUCAGAGGACUUUUAGUUAAAGAGCCCCAGCAUCGUCUAGGGGUGAAGAGGGGAGCAACUGAGAUAAAACAGCAUCCCUUCUUUGAGGGUGUGAACUGGGCACUCAUUCGAUGCAGCACGCCGCCGGAGGUGCCAAGGCCAGUUGAGACCGAGCUGCCACUGAAGUUUGGGGUGGUAGAAGGAGUAGGGAGCAGCAGCAAGAGAAUGGUAGGGGCAGCAGACAUGAAGUCUGGAGGCAAGUACCUGGACUUCGAGUUCUUUUAGAAGUUUAUGAUUAUAGGCGAUUACUUACAGUUGUAAGGGGUGGUUGUCUUCUAAUUUAUUCCAUGGGUGUUCCUUUGCUCCAUAAUGCUUUAUCUAUGGGUCCCAAGCUGUUCUGAGUUUCUGAUUUGCCUAUAUAUGAGAAGCUUGCCUCCCACUGUCUUCGCUUCUCUUUCUUAAAAUGCUGUGCUGAGGAACUCUGAGAACCAACUAUUGAAACGAACUCUUCUCAAUUUAUAAAAGAAAAAUUAUGGUGGUUCCCGCUUGUUAAAA